CCUCUAGCUUGUAGUCAAAUGGCGACCAUCUGUUCACACACGGAGACGAAUUCUCUUCAUGUUUCCAACUUCGAAAGUUCACCCAACGACUCCAUCUUCUUUAUUCAUUUACUUCAUCAACUUCUCGAAAUAUUUGAUCCAUAUUCCCAUUUCCUUUCUCUGUCUUUCAUCUUGUCUAAGUUUACAAGAGCUGCAAGAAACCAUUUCGAAGAUAUCUGAAGAUGUCUCUAAAGAAGUCAAAAUCUAGCCGCGCUGAAAAAGUUUUAUCGGUGGCGGAGCAGCAACAGAAGAUAAAUGAAGUCAGGAAGCUAAUAGCUCCAUUAUCAGAUGACCUACCAGACUUCUGUUCUGAUGCUUCAAUAUCAAGGUUUCUCAGAGCAAGAAACUGGAAUUCUGAAAAGUCUAGUAAAAUGCUUAAAGAAACUUUGAAAUGGAGGCUUCAAUACAGACCAGAAAUGAUUCGUUGGGAGGAUGUUGCUGAUGAGGCUAAGACAGGAAAAAUAUACAGGGCUGAUUACCAAGACAAGUUCGGGAGACCUGUUCUUGUUAUGAGACCUGGAUUCCAGAACACAAACUCAGUAAAGGGGCAGAUACAGUACUUGGUUUACUGCAUGGAAAAUGCCAUAUUGAAUUUACCAUCCGAUCAGGAGCAGAUGGUGUGGCUCAUUGACUUCCAAGACUGGACGAAGGCGAGUGUAUCACUAAAGGCAACUCGUGAAACAGCUCAUGUGCUGCAGGGUUACUAUCCUGAGAGGCUUGCUGUCGGCAUCUUAUAUAACCCAUCAAAGAUUUUUGAGCCAUUCUGGAAGAUGGUGAAACCAUUUCUUGAGCAGAAAACAUACAAGAAGGUGAAAUUUGUCUACUCUGACAACCCUGAAAGCCAGAAAGUAAUGCUGGACCUCUUCGACAUGGACAAGCUUGAAUCAGCAUUCGGAGGGCGCAAUCAGAAUGGAUUCGACGUCCUGAAUUUUGCCAAUCGAAUGAAAGAAGAUGAUAAGAAGAUGAAUGCUUUAUUGAGUUCGGGUGGCUCUGUUCUUUGCCCGGAUCAACCGGUGGCAUCAGCUCCGCGACGAUCAAUAUCAUCCUUAUCGGAUGCUCGCUCUGAGGAUUCAUCUGAAGCUUCUUCAUCUUCUCCAAAAUCAGGGAGUAAUGGCAAAUUGGAGAAGGAAGAUGUUAAUGGAAAUCUUGGUUGCAAAAGCAGUGAUGUUGAUGAGCCGCCUCUUCGAAUUGAAGACAUUCAAAUAAAGGAGUCAAUCUGAAGAAAAUGAUGGCAUGAGAGGAUCAAGCCUUAUUAUAUAAUUGUUUUUUGUGCUAACAAUAGUCAGAUAUAUUCUUCAAUAUAAAUCAAUGUUUCAACAUUUUACAAUUAA